CAUGUAUAUAUCUGUAGAUAUAUAAAAGGACAGACUGAAGUUUUGAAAUCAAUUGAACGUGUAAUACCAGCAAUACCGCUUGUCCCGUUCAAACCACUACCAUAGCAAGAUAUGAAAAUACUGAUUAUAUGCAUCUUCAUAUGUAUGUCUUUCGUUGGUCAAGCCUUGCUUUUCCAUUCACCGGUCAGCAAUAGAAUGUACCACUACAGCAAGGGAGUCUCUCUGAGACCUAUGGUCAAACAAAUACCAGAAAAACAAGGUAGGACAACUCUCGACAAGGACGAGCUUCGGUUCUGGUGGUGCUUUAAAUCGGGAGGUCAAUUAGCAUUUUCCCUCCGAUAUUGUUUAGUCUACGUGAAUAUCUUACGAGCCUUCCAGCAUGAUAGAAACCUUGGGCAUUUGCUUCAUAGAUUUCACAGCUUUGGGAAAUGAGGAUUUAAACAAAUUUAAACCUUACUUAACUUUGUUAUAAUAAAUAGAAUAUUGGAUAUUCAAGUUAAUAUAUACUAAGUAUAUUAAAGACAAUUAUAUAAUA